AUGGAGACUGUUGUAUUACUUCAGCGCCAGAUGGAGCUUCACGGGACGCUCCGCCGACCUCCCACCACACCCACGCAACUGAAGGAAACCUACGCGACGAUGAAGGAGGUGUCAAAUUUCUUCCACACCGUGAGGUGCACGGCAGCUUCACUCAAUAGUUCGCCAGAGACGGUCUUUCAAUGUCUCAUGCACAUUGGUAUGGGUGGCGUUGUCAGCUUCGACCGGCAGCGGCGGGAUGGAGCGGUGCCGAUGCACCAGGCAAAAGUACUGGCACGUUCAACGGCAAUUGAAUUGGAGCCACGUCUCCAAGAGACUCUCCCUGGUGCCAAACUCGAUGCGAUGGUGGCGUUUAGCAAGACAACCCGCACACUUCUGCGCAUUAAGAUUGAAGAUGGGAAUGAUUUUGCCACCGCCGAGCGUGCGCUGCAGCAGUUUCUUGAAUACCUUGACUUCAUUAAUUUCGCUUCGGGCAAGUCCCCGGAGAUGAUGUUCAAGUUAUACAUGGUGGAGGAUGAGGCAUCACUGUUGGCACUGUUGGGCCGAGGCGUCCCUUCUGGGUCCCGUGGAUCUUCCGAAAACAGGGCAGCAGAUACAAUGCCUUCCCUGCCAACUGACGCGCAUCUGGAUGGCGAAGUGUGCCGACUCGCGCAGGUGUCUGAGUCUACUACAGAAGCAGCAGGGGAGCGCCUAAGCGCGUUGCGGACAAUCGAUCACUGGCUCAGUACUAUAGCGGAGGAUAAAUUUUGCAAUCAUAUUUCCCAGCUUGUGUCAAGCCUUUCUGGGCCCCUGUGUGUUUGUGCUGGAGAAAAACGGUCUGCUAUUUGCCGACAGGCAUGCAGUGUAAUUAUUACCAUCUCAGAAAGAACCCCCGCAGCCUUCUACCUCGACGGGCCGCUGAAAAUAGCCAUCGCCAAGUGGUGCACUGUCCUAGUGCGUGGUGUGUUUGUUACCGUCUCGGCCAUUGCGCACGCCACGGACACGGCACUGCGCGCUAUCGUUGUUGGCAGCAGCGGAAACGCGGCGGCGCUAAAGAGUAUUUUAGAGGGUCUGGAGGCCGGUGCCCACCCUGAGCUGCGGCGCCGGUGCCUUGGCUAUUUAGCCCUUGGCGUCGUUGCGUCGCGUGGUGACGUGUGUGUGGUGUUACAUGGACUCGCUGUUGUGGCUGCGAAGUACACAGAUAUCGGCGACACCGCGUGUAGGAAGAUGGCGCGAGCACUCUGUAUAUCCAUUGCGCACUUCACUAACACACCCGUCGCUGUGGGGAGCCCCAAGACGGAGACACUUAUUCGUCAGGAGGCAAUAGAGCUCAAAGCGAUACUUGGUGACGUGGAUGUAUUCGAAACCGCAAUAUUUGGUGCUAGUGUGGAGAAGCGGCUUUCAACUGCCUCCAGCUCAGCGUGCAGCACCACACACUUCAGUACCACUGCCUCUUCAUCGAUGGCAGAAGCGAAGCACGAUGGCCAGAUGUCGCCGACUGGAAGUAAUUACGAUACUCUCCCUGUUCUCGGUGUGUGCAAAGCUCAACACGAGUCAAGGCAAAUGAGUUCGUCCCCAAACACCACGUGGGGCAAUUGUAGUAGCAGCAGCACCACCACCAAUGGGCGCUACAACAAUCGCAUGCAGCCUCCUCAUCAGGAGGAUAUCAUCGAGCCAAGGCCUUACAAGCAGCAUGAAGAGAACACGGUAAAGUUAAGUGCUUCACUGCGUCGGAAAAUUCAGGACGCCGCUUCACGCUCAUUGUCACGAAACUAA